UUUUGUAAUUUUCACCUCGUUUCAAGAACCGUAAUAGCUCUCCAGAUAUUUCUUACGUCCAUGGUGCAGUGACUACGUUCCGAUCUAUAGAUUUUCAGUAUUCAGUAGUGACAGUGAAUAUCAGAACGUAGCCGCAUUUGCCUUCUUUUCUUCUUCUUUUUUUCUUUUUUUUUUUUACUUUACUGAAAAACAUUCUAGAAACACAGGCUCUUCUAUAUAAUUCUCGUGUAAAAUGAUAUAAAAAAGUUAAUAAUAAAAUAAGAGAAGCCACUCUUACGUGCUGAACAUUUUCGGAUUGGAUAUGAUAUAUUUGUGUUUAGAUCUAGAUAAUAGAUACUUAUAUAUGUGUCCGGGUUUAUCAUGUAAAUCCUAAAUUGACAUAAAUGGACGUAUACAUUUACUUUAUCUAUAGACGAAUUGUGUGUUGCUUACAAAAAAAAUUUACACGUUUUCGUGACAAAAUAAUCUAUAACAAAGUAUUGAGUGAACAAAAUUAAACUUUCUGUAACAUAAACUGUAUACGUCAUAACCUAUUUAUAUCAUAUCCGUCCAAAAUGAUUUUAAAUGUAUUAAGUAUAACUAUGUGCGCCUCGAGUUUUGUGUAUACUUGCUAUAUUUUAUGUAAUUUGACCUAUUUCUUAUCAAGUCACAAUAGUAAAGACGAAAGGCUUCGCGUAGUAUCAGAUGAUAACGCAAUACAGUCUAGUCUGUGGUCUCUUCUAAUAGACAUGUCACUUCUUACAAUUUUUAUCUUACAACAUUCUAUUAUGGCCAAUGACUUUACCAAACAUAUUUUCUUUAAACUACACAUUGAAUAUCUCAACAGGAGUAUUUACAAUGCCUGUAGUUCUGCAAGUCUUCAUUUCUUGAUUAAUAAGUGGCAGCAAUCUCCAGCAUUAAUAGUCUGGAAGAUUGAUACUUCCAAUGAUACAAUUUGGAUACUAUUUUCUGGCCUCCAUGUAUUUUUUUGGUGCAUUAUUUAUAGUGGAUGUAUCAUGAUGGACAUCGCAGAACUAUGUGGACUUAAGCAGGUUUGGUACAGAGUAUCUGGAAAGAAUAGUCCAUUGGAUACAAAAUCCAGGGAGUUGCGCAGAUACAUGAGGCACAUGAGGCAUCCUAGUUUUAUUGGGUUUCUUGCUAUUUUAUGGAUCUAUCCUUUUAUGAGUAUGGAUCGAUUAUUAUUGGCGAUAAUAUUAACGAUAUACAUGGUAUUAAUGUGGACUAUAGAUUCUGAAGAUUAUAGUUAUCAUAUCAGAUACUUCAGACAGAAGCAAAUAGAACUCUCUUAGCUACACAUUUAUUAUUUCCCUUUAUUUUCACUUUUGAUGAUCCUUUUGAUAUUUUAUGCAUCAUUCUCAUGAAUUUCACAUCAAAUAUGUAACAAACUUAAUGGACAAUUAAUAGUAGGUUAUUAUAUAAUAAAUAGCAUAUAUACAUAAAUGUAAUAAUCUUAUUUCAUUUGUCAUCAGCUAAUUAUUUUUAUUUUAUAUUUAUAGAACAGUUUUCUAAGAUAAUAAAUAUAUAUUAAUUUUCAAUUUACUCUCGCAAGAAGACUUUCAAAAAUUGUAUAUAUUUUUAUAUUAAAAUCUAUUUGUUCUCCGAAUAAUUGGCAUUCUCCGAAUGCUGAGCUGUUUUUAUAACUCUUAGAAACGAAAAAGUUUUGGAUUUUAACAUGACCAAGUAAAACUAUUAAAUUAAAUAAUCUUACAGAUAAAAAAAAAUGGCAAUUAUUUUUAUCUGUAUAAUAAUAAUAAUCGGCUGAAAGAUUGUGUUUUCUUCCUACAUGUUGGAUAUUUUUCUGCAUAACAUAUAUAUUCUUAAAUAUUUUAUAAUGUAUAUAUAAUCAUAUCAGAUAUUAUAUUUAUUUUAUAAAUAAUUUUUAGUUUUUGUCCAUAUUUACUUAUGUUCAUAAAAAAUUUACAUUUAUUUGUAUACAAUAUCAUAUAUCAAAAAUUCUUGUUUAAAAAAAAAAAAAAAAACGCAAAA